UGGCCCCGCACUGGUGCUCAUGCAUGGUGUCGCAGGAUGUUGAUGUCAGCAGUGCACGUGCUGAAGAGGCAGCAUCUAAAGUUAUAGACUAUAUCAAUGGCCUGACAUCUCAACACAGAGAGAAGUGUAGUGUGCUACACCUUGAUAAGAUCCUUAGUGUCAGGUUGCUAGCACCAAAUGAACAGGUGCUGAAAUAUUUUAACAGUAUGGAUGCAGACCAGCGAAUUGCCAAUUUUACUUCCAAGGUCAAGGUCGACAUUGUCCAUUACCAGAUCACCUUGGUUACCUCUCCUAGCAACGCUAUGUAUGAGUCAACAUUACAGUACAACAUUGGGGCAGAGAGACUGGAGGUUACCCCAGAUAUCAGCAGAAUCAAUAUAUAUGGCAAUCAGCCAUAUUGUGUACAAAAAGACCAUCCGGAUUUGAGGAAGUAUUGUUUCUGCGCGGACUAUCAGAGCUGGGAGAAGAGAAAGAAAAAAUUGAAACAUGAUUAAAUUAAGAUACCUUAUUGAUUGCUGCUUUGACUUUUUAGUUGGGAGAAUGAUCUUUACUAAAAUAUGGGGAAUAUGGGGAAAUUUUACUUUUCACUUUUUAUCGAAUCUUUAAAACUUUGAGGAAAAGACUUUUCCCAUUUGCGUAUGUAUAAGUAUACAAACAUAUUAGUGGAUGGGACAAAUAUUGUCACUUGGUUUUGUAUAAGGUUCAAAUAUCAGUUUUUAUGAUAGGAUUAGUGAUGGAUUUUCCCCCCUUUUUUUUGGAGGGGGGGGGGUAAUUUUGAAAUAGAACAAGUAUCUGCAUUAUGAUAUUUUAAAGGUGCUGAGAUUGACAAGGUGCUUUCAGAAUUGUUAUAUGUAUGUGUGUGUGUGAAAGAGGUAAUUUUUCAUUCAUCAUCUUAUUGCAUAUAAUACGGGCUUUUAUUUGUAGGUGAUUUUUGUUCAGAUAAUUUUACUCUAUAUAGGGGAGCAAAGUUUACUUUGAAGAUUUACCUUUUUUUAGGGAAAUUUGGGAGGAUUUUAUAUCACUAAAAAUGUGAAAAAAGUUGGAGAAACAGGAAGGGCUUCAUUGCAAAGUUAUUUCUGACUGGUCAGUUUCCCCAAUGUACUUUCCAGACUUAAAAGAGAACUUAAAUUUUCAAAAUGUGUUCAGAAUGUUUUUCAUAUAGAUGUCUACUCUCACUAAGGCAUACUUAACAAUCUGUUCAAGAUGUCUACAAGAAGUCCAUUAUUGAGCUGUAAUGUUUAUCCCUUUUUGUCAGUAUUUUAUAUUUUUAAUGACAGUGCAAA